AUGUCCUCAAGUGGUAAGAAAUACUUCAUCUCCUUUAUUGAUGAUUAUUCACGAUAUAUGUAUCUUUAUAUGCUUCAUAAUAAAUAUGAGACAUUUGACACUUUUAAACUUUAUAAAGCUGAAGUAGAGAAACAAUGCGAAAAGCAAAUUAAGAUCAUGAGAUCAGAUAGAGGUGGAGAAUUCUAUGAGAGAUAUACUGAAAGUGGACAAGCACCUGGUCCUUUUGCAAAAUAUAUUCAAGAGCAUGGUAUUAUGGCACAAUACACCAUGCCUAGCACACUAGAUCAAAAUGGUGUAGCUGAAAGAAGAAAAAAGACUUUGCUGGAUAUGGUGAAGAAUAAUGUUCUAGUAGAUCGUAUGGUGGAUGGUCAAACUCUUCAUAAUGAAAAUGUUGUUCAAGAACACAUUGUUCAAGAGAAACCCCAAGAAGAGGGAGAAGCUGUUAUGCCACUACUUUUACAAGAAGUUGAUGAUGCAACAUUAAGAAGAUCAAUUAGAAUAAGAAAACCUUCAAGUUCUAGUAACUAUGUAGUGUAUCUUGCUGAGUCUGACUAUGAUGUUUGUUAUGAAAAAGACUCAAUGACAUUUUCACAAGCAAAGAAAAGUCGUAAUUCUAAUUUAUGGCUAGAUACUAUGAAGGAUGAAAUGAAUUCUAUGGCAGAUAACCAAGUUUAG